AAGGGAGAACAAGAGAGAGAAAUUGGUGACGUUGGUUACAAUGCCAAAUAUCAGCCAGUCAGUCAGUGGUCAAGCACCAGCCAUGUUUCUUCUUCCCUGCCGGUUAAUUUUAUCCUCAUUUGUUGCUCUUCCCGAUGGUCGCAUUGUUCGGUUCAACUUAACGGCCGGCAUCUGAAGCUCUCAGCAAAAGCUCGAGACAAAAGCUACGCUCUCACCUAAGCAUAGCAAUUUACUAGAUAUAAGAUAUCAUGGGUGGAAGAGAAUAUGGGGAAAGAAAUGCGGGUUCUGUGAAAGCAGCCAUUGAUGUGUAUGGAGAAAAGAUUAAUCUUGGACACAACCCUGCUCUUGAGAAAAGGCAGAUGAAUUCGUCAGAGGGAUCCUCUUCAAGAGCAAAAGAACUCCUUCUCGCGAAGAAGGAUAUAGACCGAUGCGAAGACAGCAGAAGAACUGCAGAUUCAGUGAAAGCCCGGGCGGAAACUGAGCUCUUGGAAGCUAAGAAGACAGUGAAGCAUCUCAAGUCACUGAUAGAGGAAUCCAACUCCAAGGCAAAAUUGAAGACUCAGGACUUCGAGAAGCUAAGACGGCCUGCCAGGCGUGAAGGGAAGUCAUCGAUAGCUGGAAACAGCAAAAGGUAUCGUUAUGAAGAUGUGAUGAGAGAACUGGAUUUCGUCAAGCGGGAGUUAAGUAAACUUAAGCUCGACGUGGCCUCUGUCUUGGAAGAGAAGUCCAGAGCUGAGAAGGAAGCUGAGGCAUCCAACCCUAAAACUGGAUCAUACUCAGGCUCGGUGGAAACGCUCAGGAAGGAGAUUGAGGAAGUAAAUGAGGAGCAGAUGCUAGUUGAGCUAGCGCGGAUCGAGGCCUUGAAAGAACUCAAUGGGAUUGAGGCUCAGAGAAAAAAGGAAGCUAGUGAGUACAUGGCCGCGAUGGAGGAAACAAGGAGAAAAAUCACAGAAGUUAAUGAAGAGAUCGAGAGUGCAAGGGACAUCGAGGCUACAUUGGCUGUUACUCUGUCUGACGUCGAGGUGCUACAAGUUGGAUUGAGCUUAGCAAGGGAUAUGGAGAAACGGAAGGGCAAUAAUACUGCUGCUGAAGAUGAGUCUGAGGCUUCGCCCUCACUAAGAUCAGUAAUGGAGGAACUGGAACGGGCGAAGAAGGAAUUGGCUUCAAUCAAUGAAGAGGGAUUUCAGUUUAUGGCCUCGAUGGAUGUUAUUCGGAGAGAGCUGAGGCACGUGAUCGAGGAAACCAUGACACUGAAGAAGAAUGAGGAGAAGGUGGAUAUGACGGUUCAGAACCUGAAUUCCAAGCUGCUGAGGGCUAAAUCCAGAUUGGAAGCUGUGUCGUUGGCUGAGGAGAAGGCUAACUCGACAGUCUUGAAUCUCUCUGCCACGCUUGAGCAGUUAAGGACUGAAUCUGAGGCUGCAAAGAAAGAGAAGGGGCUGAUUGAGGAAGAGACGGCGAAGAUCAAGGCGGAAAUUGAGAAAACUGAGAGCGGAAUAGACUUGACCGAGGAAAAGCUUCGAGCAGCGAUGCAAGAGCUUGAGGAAGCCAAAACUUCUGAGGCAUUAGCGCUCGAGAAACUUGGGGCGCUCAUUGAGAGAACGGUGAGGGACAGGGCAUCUGCAUCGCAGCAUAGUUCACAUAUAACAAUAUCAAAGUUCGAGUACGAUUAUCUGAUAGGGCGAGCGACAGGGGCUGAGGAAAUCGCCAACAAGAAGGUUGCGGCAGCCCAGGCUUGGAUUGAGGCCCUAAAGGCAAGCGAAAAGGAGAUACUAAUGAAGAGUGGGAUAGCGAAUCGAGAGGUCUGGGAAAUGAGAGUGCACGAAGAGCAGCAAGUUUUUAGGACUGAGAGGUCACUCUCUGCAAAGAAGAAGGUUGGGGGAGAGCUCAAGGGUAGGAGGAUGCCGGGGGAUGUAAACUCGGAAACUGAAUAUCUGCCCCUGGCAGUAUCCCGGAAGUCCCCAAGAAAAGUUGCUGGAGAAAAAUCAUAUCCAUCUCCCGCAAGGAGAGUGAGGGUACGGAAAUCUGGAUCUCCAGCUACCCGGCAGACAGGUCGGUCCGCCUCAAUCACUCUGAAGAGGAGGAAGGAUGUAACGCCAGAUAUAUCAAGUUUCUUUAGCGGGAAGAAAAUCGAAAAUCAAGUACAAUAAAGAUUUCACACGGAGCAAUUCUAUUCAAGGAUGGAAACGAAGCUCCUGGAUAGUGCGAAUCCUUUUUUCUAAUGUAUGAAUCGCAGAUUUUCACCUGUAAAUCGCCAUUGUGGCUAAUCAAGAACUUUUGUGCAGAAAUGAGACUGGUUGGAUUGUCCUUUUUCUCCUAUGAAAGCCUCCUGCAUCUUCAGUGCGGUGAUUCGAUUC